AACAUACCCUGCCUUUCCCCUCUGAUUAGAUAUCCUUUGAACCUUGGUUGUGCCGUGAAGGUGGGGAGGGGAGAGGUGCUUGGGAGCUGAUGGUCCCACAGGAGGACAGGCACAGGGCAGAGGGUCAGACAUAGUUUGCGAAGGGGCUUCCAGGUGUCCCAGCUCUGCACGUUGUAUUCAAAGGCCAACACAUAAAAUAUGUAAAUGUGUGAAAUAUCAAGGAGGCCUGCUUGGGUGUGUGUCUGUGCCCCAAGGUCUCAGAGCCCUCUGAGGAGCACUGUGUGUAACCCUGCAUGUGGAGGGUCCAUUUCAGAGGAAGGCACUGAGGCCCAGCUAGGCCAGGCCUUGCUCAGGACUGCCCAGCAGUUAAGGAGGAGCUGGGCAGAGUGGGUGUGCUCCAGGGCCAGCCUGAUUUUUGUGGCUGGUGGUGAAAUGAGGAAGCCAGGGUCCAGGCACAGACCGUGGGGUUGUUGAGGGAACCACAAAGUGACUGGCUCUCAGGAGACUGUAUGCGUUGUGUGCCCUAGGUUUCGGCACCAGAGCCUGUAUGACACCUGAAUAAACCUGUCUGCUCAGAAGUGCCCUCUCCUGGGGCGUGAAAGGAUAGUCCCGUCUUCAGACGUUGAGUCCCUUUCAAAAAUUCCGGGGUUUUUUCUGGUUUUGUUCAGCACGUGUUCCCUGGGGGACUGGCCAUGGCGUGCCCACUCUCAGCCUGGCCCCCAGGGUCUAGCGAAGGAGGCCGCCCACCCCGCUGCCUUCCCCGGGUAGGGAGGUGUGUUCGUGGUACUUAGAGUCACAUAGGCCCUCAUCCAGGAUGGCCAUCCUGGAAACGGCUGUGGAAAUCUACCUUGCGGGUAACCGCAGUGCCUGGUCCGAGAUGGGGUCCCAGGUCUCGAUGGACGCGGGAGCCGUGCACGUGGUGAUCGUGGGUGGGGGCUUUGGUGGCAUCGCAGCCGCCAGCCAGCUGCAGGCGCUGAGCAUCCCCUUCGUGCUGGUGGACAUGAAGGACUCGUUCCACCACAACGUGGCAGCCCUCCGGGCCUCUGUGGAGAGUGGGUUUGCCAAAAAGACAUUCAUUUCCUACUCGGUGACCUUCAAGGAGAACUUCCGGCAGGGCCUGGUGGUCGAGAUAGACCUGAAGAAUCAGACGGUGCUGCUGGAGGACGGCGAGGCCCUGUCCUUCUCACAUCUCAUCCUGGCCACAGGCAGCACUGGGCUCUUCCCGGGCAAGUUUAACCAGGUUUCCAGCCAGCAGAUGGCCAUCCAGGCUUAUGAGGACAUGGUGACGCAGGUCCAGCGCUCACAGUCCAUCGUGGUGGUGGGAGGCGGCUCUGCGGGAGUGGAGAUGGCAGCAGAGAUUAAAACCGAAUACCCCGAGAAAGAGGUCACUCUCAUUCACUCCCAAAUGGCCCUUGCUGACAAGGAGCUCCUGCCCUGUGUGCGGCAAGAAGUGAAGGAGAUCUUGCUCCGGAAAGGCGUGCAGCUGCUUCUGAGUGAGCGGGUGAGCAACCUGGAGGCUCUGCCUCUCAACGAGUAUCGGGAGUGCAUCAAGGUGCAGACGGACAAAGGCACGGAGGUGGCCGCCAACCUGGUGAUCGUCUGCAGCGGUGUCAAGAUCAACAGUGUGGCCUACCGCAGCGCAUUUGGUGACCAGCUGGCCAGCAAUGGCGCUCUGAGAGUGAACGAGUACCUCCAGGUGGAGGGCUGCAGCCACAUCUACGCCAUCGGUGACUGCGCCGACGUGAGGGAACCCAAGAUGGCCUAUCAUGCUGGCCUCCACGCCAAUGUCGCAGUGGCCAACGUCGUCAACUCCAUGAAACAGAAGCCCCUCAAAGCCUACAAGCCAGGUUCGCUGACGUUCCUCCUGGCCAUGGGGAGAAAUGACGGCGUGGGCCAGAUCAGUGGCUUCUACGUGGGGCGGCUCAUGGUUCGACUGGCCAAGAGCCGCGACCUGUUGGUCUCCACGAGCUGGAAAACCAUGCGGCAGUCUCCACCCUGAUGGGAAGACUGGGCGGGAGACAGGUACCGCCACUGCCCAGUGAUUGGAUUUCUUGACAAAUGGUACCUGUUUGAUAAACGCCAAAGGGCAAAAGCUCUUUUCUUGUAGUAAGACGUCAGGGAUGUACUGACCAGAAACACAACUUAUAGAAAACCAAAAACUGGGAGAGAGAUUGGGAUAUUGGUGUUAAAAAAAAAAAAAAAAGACACCCCUAAAAGAGUCUUUCUGGGUUUGGAAAGGUCUGCUUGCACUUAUGCUGGCUGAAUGGUUCACUUGGUCCUGGGGAGGGCACAGCCCACCUUCUCUAUCCCAGCCUCCUCCUCUAUGUGUGUGUGUGUGUGUGGCAUUCAGAGCUCUCAGAGUAGGGGAGAGAGCUCAGUCUCCAGGUGGCAGGAAGGAGGGCCGGCACAAGGAGACCAGCUAAGGAAGCGGGGCUGGGGUGGAGAGAUGGCUUGCAUCUCAACGUCUCCCGUCACGUCAGGAGGUGGGGAAGCCUAUCCUGCAACACUCAGGUUGUUAAUAGGAGCCUCAUUUUAAACUGUCAGUCCCUACCAUCUUUAAUCUUCAUGAAACUUUUUGUAUUUCUAUUUUUAGAUCCUGAUUAUAUACCAUAGGUUAUAUUUAAGAAGCAUUAGAUAAAAUUUCCCUCCCGGUAAGUAAGUUUUUCCCUAACAGAGAGUAAGUGUUUUACAAAGCUAACGGGUUAAGACAGACGCCUGGCCUGCCAGCUGCUGGGGGUUUUCAAGGAGAGGCAGCCAAGCUAGCGUGACACUGGGUGGGUUGCCAUCCAGCUAACAUUCAGGGAGCAGAGGCGGGUUCAGCAGGCGAACCCCUGCAUGCGUCCAGGCUACUGUCAUAGGCAAAUUUGUAACUGACAAAACUCUAGCCGAUGCUGGGGCCAGGGGUACCCUGUGGGAACCUUUGUGGUUUUGUGCCUCUGGUUUCUUGGUCAACCCCAAUGUCAUUUAUCUGGAGGACCAGCCACGUGGCAAUAAUGCCUGCUACCGAUUAUGUUAAGGUAUAAAAGGACUCCUCUAUUUGGGAGGGGUCUUCUAGUCAGGACAGGCCUAUUUUGGACCACACAAGCGAGAUCUGUAAGGCAGAAGUGGUUGAUGAGUUCAUCUGAAUAAAUUCAGGCCCUGUCCUGGCCCAUCCUGCCCUUCCCUGCCCACUUUUAAUGGUAACCUCUGGGUACUUGGCCAGAAUUCUUAGGAUACCAGCCUCACUGGGGUUCUCCAUCUCUCCUAUCUGGGCUGUGGCCCAGGUGUGUUCCAUUUUGUUGCCCAGGCCUAAGUGAGACCGUGUCUCUCUCCCAAAGGAUGGCCGCCCCAAGGAGGCUUCACCCUGGCCUCCAUUCCCGUGGACCACAGCCAACCAGGCUCCCCUUCUGGAAGCAGGACCUAUUGCCUGAGAAACACAAGCCAUUUGUGCUGUCUAGGCUGGGGCCUGGCGUGGUAGGAGCGUCAGCUCCACAGUGAUAGGCCUUGUUCUAUUUAUAACAUUCUUAAGUUUCCACCCAGAGGGACAGACUUCUCCAAGCUGAGGAAAAUGCUGCA